CCCGUAGACGCAUUCGCUCGUACGCUUCGUCCAAAGAGGACUUUACGAAAUAGAAACAAAGGCACACGCUGUCUCGUCUUUCUCGUGUUCACUCGUCGUUUUCGUCGAGUCGUAACGUACAAGGAGGUAUAACGGAUAUCGAGGUCGAAGGAGGACGACGUGUUAGAAGCGUUUUAUUCGUUCGUUUCGAGAGUAAACACUUCCCACGUAAUUUAGCUCGAAAACGUAUUAUUAAUCGAAUAAAAGGGAGAGAGAGAGAGAGAAAAGAUAUCAUUUCGAAGCUCCUUCGGCACGAGAUCCCUUUGCCGUCUUGUAGGCAGUGAGGGAAACGCUGCGCUCUCGAAGAAGCAGAUAGUUUCGACGAGUUUCAAACGACUCUUCUUGCAGUUUACUGCUUCGCGAGGGCUGAUACCUAUAUCAGGCCACGCGUACGACGAAACGACGAACGAAGGGAGAGAAAAAAGACGUCGUUUUCAAAGCUUUCCGAGGAGAAGAGAGGAGAGAGUUUGAAGAACGCAAUGGCAGUCGCAGCAGCUCAGAAGAACCGCGAACUCUUCGCCAUUAAAAAGUCUUACAGCAUCGAGAAUGGUUAUCCAGCGCGGCGCCGUUCGCUAGUGGACGACGCUCGUUUCGAAACAUUAGUCGUCAAACAGACCAAGCAAAGCGUUCUCGAGGAGGCACGGCAACGAGCGAAUGAUGCCGGAUUGACGGAAGAGGAAGUUGUGCUCGCGAAAGCGAUAGCGGAGAGUCCGGAGAGCGAGCACGUCGUGCAAAAAGCCGCGCUGGUCCUUCGUUUGCGCGAAGGCAUAAGCUCUCUCGCUAGGAUCCUGAAGACCAUCGAGAAUUUCAAGGGUACGGUUACUCACGUGGAAUCGAGACCGUCGAAGAAGGAAGGUCAUCAAUUCGAUGUCCUGGUCAAGGUCGACAUGUCGAAACAGUGUCUCCUUCAAUUGAUACGAAAUCUUAGGCAAAGUUCCUCGUUGGACGGCAUGACUUUGCUCACGGACAAUUCUGUCAGCGUCAGGGAUCCGUGGUUCCCCCGUCAUGCCUCAGAUCUCGACAAUUGCAAUCAUCUGAUGACAAAGUACGAGCCGGAUCUCGACAUGAACCAUCCUGGCUUCGCCGAUAAAGAAUAUCGCGCUCGUAGGAAGGUCAUCGCCGAGAUAGCCUUCGCCUACAAGUACGGCGAUCCUAUUCCCUGCAUCCCGUAUACCGAGGUUGAGAACGAGACUUGGUCCCGCGUCUUCAAUACCGUCAUCGAUUUGGUACCCAAACACGCUUGCGUCGAGUAUCAAAGAGUCUUCAAGAAGCUCCAAGAGGAAAAGAUUUUUGAGAGCCAUCGUAUACCGCAAUUACAGGAAGUCAGCAAUUUCCUGCAAAAGAAUACCGGAUUCACCCUAAGACCAGCCGCUGGACUGCUCACCGCCAGGGAUUUCCUUUCCAGUCUCGCUUUUAGAGUCUUCCAAAGCACGCAAUACGUUCGCCAUAUCAACAGUCCGUACCACACGCCUGAACCAGACUGCAUUCACGAGCUCCUAGGACACAUGCCUCUGCUGGCCGAUCCAAGCUUCGCUCAAUUCUCGCAAGAGAUCGGUUUGGCCUCGCUCGGUGCCUCCGAUGAGGAAAUCGAAAAACUCUCGACCAUCUACUGGUUCACCGUCGAAUUUGGACUCUGCAUGGAGAGUGGAGAGGUGAAGGCUUACGGAGCAGGUCUCUUGUCCGCUUACGGCGAAUUGCUCCAUGCGCUGAGCGACAAGUGCGAGCACCGACCUUUCGAGCCAUCGACCACAGCCGUUCAAAAGUAUCAGGAUCAGGAAUACCAGCCCAUAUACUUCGUCGCCGAGAGUUUCGAAGAUGCCAAGGAAAAGUUCCGUCGUUGGGUAUCAGCCAUGAGCCGGCCGUUCGAGGUCAGGUUUAAUCCACACACGCAGCGCGUCGAGGUUCUCGACACGGUCGACAGGUUGGAGGGAGUACUUUCGCAGCUGAAUACCGACAUGACCCAUCUUACCAACGCGAUCGACAAAAUCAAACGUAACUUUGCCGCGUAAGAGAAACCGGCUCAGGAACCGACUCUCACUUCGCACGAUUAUCGAGAUGAACGUUUAUCCUCCUUCUUUUCUUUCCUUUUCCUCUCUUUUCUUUUUCCUUUCUUUAAUCCUUAACCUACCGUAUACAGAAAAUAGCGCUUCACGUAGACGUUGUCCGACGAACGCUUUAUCGAGAGGGAACCUCCUUGCACUCUCGUUGCGCUCUCGUUGCACUCUCGUAGCAUUCCCGUAGCAUUCUCGUUGCUCCGUUUUUCUUGCUGAUUACCUACCGAUCUGCCUAGCCAUUGUUUCAGAUAGGCUAGAUAAAAGUAACGUUCGAAAGGAUCGAAGCUGCCAAGUUUCGCGAAAGAGAUCAGAAUGUGUUAUUGGAAAUGGGAGAGAAAGGGGGCGGGGGAGAGAGAGAGAGAGAGAAAUCGUUAUCGAAAUUAGGACUUUCUCGAGUUCCUUAAGUUUAUCCCGCCGCGCUUCGUAAGAUUCUUCCUUUACUUCGGAGAGCUUCCGGGUACGGCGAAGAAUCUUUUUUUGUUUUCCUAUCAUUCUCGUCCGUCCCACGCGUCGAGCUUGUCCUCGUUCUUGUAUAAAGUGAUGCAAUCGUAAUUCAUCGCGGAGUCGUAGCCGGGUACGCGACGGAAAUUCAUUAAAGCGAAAGAAAAGGAACUGAAUUGGGACACUAACGUCCUUAUAAUACGGAUACUCGAACGAAAGUGAGUGCGAAUAGGAAGGAUACGUUCGCUACGAAGGUCGACUACGCCAAUCUAAUUUUCCACGUCAUUGGUAAAAGUCUCGAUCGAGCGAGACCCCCGUUUCAUUGGCGAGACCACCGUUGAUCGUUAGGAAUCACGCGUUACGUUUCUGUCCGACUUAUCUCGAGCGAAAAGUCGUUUUAAUUGCGCAGCUCGUAGCGUCGAGCUUCGACGAUCCUACCUGAGGUUUCUUUUCGCGCGUACCCGCCGGCUACACUUUUCGUUGUUACGUUCUAUCGUAUACUCGUAUUUCUACUCCACCGUACAAUACCGUAUGCGUUGUAUUACGUAUUUCUUUCUUUGUUUUCUUUGCCGAUAAGAUCUUUAUCGACUUCGCAAUGUUUGCGUCUCGAUGAAACACCGUCGUUCCUCGCACAAAAGCGUCGCAGAGUUAAGACUAAACGCGCUCGAAAUCUCUUUUUUUAUUUUUUGUUUGUUCGUUUUUGCGUACGAAAUAGGACCGAUCCUUCGGAAGAGCUUUCCAAAGCGUCGACGGUCCUCAACGCCGAGGCAUAUUACUUAUGGUGCUUCGGCCAAGACCAAAGGAAAAGGAAGCAAAGGAAGAAAGAUGAGCUUUCGAUCCACCGACGUUGAAGAAUCGACGUUACAUAAUAGAAAAAUAUAGCAUAACCCUUGCGCGUAGUUAGUGUAUCUUCGCUUAUCGUUGGUGUACCCUGCGCAUCGACCGACCGCUAUCUUGCGUUCUUGCUAACUCGUACCAAAUAUCCCCUCGUAGGUGCGUACGCGUACGCAGCACGCGUAUUACGUACUUGUCAAGCCGUAGCAAAAUGGUCGAGCUAUAUAAAGCAUUUUCUUUGUAUUAUACUGUAAAGUACUCGAAGCAUAAUAAAGAUAUAAGAUGUGUAUCUUA